CUGCCUCAGAGCAGCGGACCGCAGUCCAGCCGCAGCGCCCCGGGUCUGGCCGCGCCCCUGCAGACACAGGCCCGCCCUCGCUCGCCGCGCCCCUGCAGACACCGGCUCUCUCUCGCCGCGCCCUUGCAGACACCGGCCCUUGCUCGCUGCGCCCCUGCCCAGACACCCACCAUGGCCGGCAUCGCGGCCAAGCUGGCGAAGGACCGAGAGGCGGCGGAGGGGCUGGGCUCGCACGAAAAGGCCGUCAAGUACCUCAACCAGGACUACGAGGCGCUGCGGGACGAGUGCCUGGAGGCCGGGACGCUCUUCCAGGACCCCUCCUUCCCGGCCAUUCCUUCUUCCCUGGGCUUCAAGGAGCUGGGACCCUACUCCAGCAAGACGCAGGGCAUCGAGUGGAAGCGGCCCACGGAGGUCUGCGAUGACCCCCAGUUUAUCGUUGGAGGAGCCACCCGCACGGACAUCUGCCAAGGAGCCCUGGGUGACUGCUGGUUACUGGCGGCCAUUGCCUCCCUCACCUUGAAUGAAGAGAUCCUGGCUCGAGUCGUCCCCCUAAACCAGAGUUUCCAAGAAAACUAUGCUGGGAUCUUCCACUUUCAGUUCUGGCAGUAUGGCGAGUGGGUGGACGUGGUCGUGGACGACAGGCUGCCCACCAAGAACGGGGAGCUGCUGUUCGUCCACUCGGCAGAGGGCAGCGAGUUCUGGAGCGCCCUGCUGGAGAAGGCCUAUGCCAAGAUCAAUGGCUGCUACGAGGCGCUCUCGGGUGGCGCCACCACGGAGGGCUUUGAGGACUUCACUGGGGGCAUCGCCGAGUGGUAUGAGCUUAAGAAGGCGCCUCCCAACCUGUUCAAGAUCAUCCAGAAGGCUCUGCAGAAAGGCUCCCUCCUGGGCUGCUCCAUCGAUAUCACCAGCAUGGCAGACUCGGAGGCCAUCACCUUCCAGAAGCUGGUGAAGGGGCACGCGUACUCGGUCACUGGGGCCGAGGAGGUGGAGAGUGCAGGGAGCCUGCAGAAACUGAUCCGCAUCCGAAACCCCUGGGGAGAGGUGGAGUGGACGGGCCGGUGGAAUGACAACUGCCCCAACUGGAACAGCGUUGACCCAGAGGUGAGGGAGAGGCUGACCAGACGGCACGAAGACGGAGAGUUCUGGAUGUCUUUCAGCGACUUUCUGAGGCACUAUUCUCGCCUGGAGAUUUGCAACCUGACCCCAGACACCCUCACCAGCGAGUCCUACAAGAAGUGGAAACUCACCAAGGUGGACGGGACCUGGCGGCGUGGCUCCACCGCAGGUGGCUGCAGGAACUACCCAAACACGUUCUGGAUGAACCCGCAGUACCUGAUCAAGCUGGAGGAGGAGGACGAGGACCAGGAAGACGGCGAGAGCGGCUGCACCUUCCUGGUGGGCCUCAUCCAGAAGCACCGGCGGCGGCAGAGGAAGAUGGGGGAGGACAUGCACACCAUCGGCUUCGGCAUCUAUGAGGUGCCAGAGGAGAUGACCGGACAGACCAACAUCCACCUCAGCAGAAACUUCUUCCUGACGAACCGAGCGAGGGAGCGGUCUGACACCUUCAUCAAUCUGCGCGAGGUGCUCAACCGGUUCAAGCUGCCGCCCGGGGAGUACAUCCUGGUGCCGUCCACCUUCGAGCCCAACAAGGACGGGGACUUCUGCGUCCGGGUCUUUUCCGAGAAGAAAGCCGACUACCAGGUGGUCGACGAUGAGAUCGAGGCUGACCUUGACGAGAACGACGCCAGUGAGGACGACAUUGACGACGGCUUCAGGAGGCUGUUUGCACAGCUGGCAGGCGAGGAUGCGGAGAUCUCAGCCUUCGAGCUGCAGACCAUCCUGAGGAGGGUGUUGGCCAAACGCCAGGACAUCAAGUCAGAUGGCUUCAGCAUCGAGACCUGCAAGAUCAUGGUGGACAUGCUGGAUUCAGAUGGCAGUGGCAAGCUGGGGCUGAAGGAGUUCUACGUUCUCUGGACAAAGAUUCAGAAGUACCAGAAAAUUUACCGGGAAAUCGACGUGGACCGGUCCGGCACCAUGAACUCCUAUGAGAUGCGGAAGGCACUAGAAGAAGCAGGCUUCAAGCUGCCCUGUCAGCUCCACCAGGUCAUCGUCGCGCGCUUUGCGGAUGACGAGCUCAUCAUCGACUUCGAUAACUUCGUUCGGUGUCUGGUUCGACUGGAGACGCUGUUCAGAAUAUUUAAGCAGCUGGACCCUGAGAACACCGGGACCAUCGAGCUCAACCUCAUUUCUUGGCUCUGCUUUUCGGUCCUUUGAAGUCGUCACUGAUCUGCCUGAAGACAGUCAACCGAGGACGAAGCCUCCACAGAGAAACUUAUCUGGACCUUGAAAUUCUGGCAACAUUUACUUAACCAAUGAUUGGAGCUGAAAAUAAAGAUGCUUUCUGAGAUGGCGGAACCUUCCGAGUUCCCAUUUCACAGUAAAAUCCCUGUGUAUCCUGAUGUUACAUGCAAGUCAGUCCCUUACUCCUGGGAGAGCUCGGAGGGAACCUUAAAUCUGUAAAAGUUUUCCGGUUUACUUUUACACACUUCCUUGUUUAUACAGUAUUCAGUCUGGGAGAUGCGGGGGUAUUUUUAACAGCUGAAUAAACACGCAGUCACUCUCCAGGGACACGAGGGCCUUGCCGAGAACAUUUGAAGAGAAUUCAGGUUUAAAAAUGCAGCUGUGGCAUCUGCCAGACAGCAGCGCGCAUUCCUGGAGUGAACGGAAAACAGGAAGCAGCGGAGUGACAGGUGGGGCCGUGGCUACACGAGCACCGGGUUCUGUGUAAAUCCGCCUGCUGACCCGUGCGUCUCAACCCAAACCCCGAUGUCCGGCCACAGAAGAUGAAGCCACGCGGCUCUCGGGCCGCUAACGGAAGUGCGCACACGAGCAGGUGCCUGGUUUCCGAGCCGAUGAGGGAAAGGACAAGGUGCCGUUUGGGGCCCAGUGGUCGCAGCGCGUGUGCGGGGAGCGCUGGCGCCCUGCCUCGCCCUGGGGAGACACCAGCCGCGUUACACACCCACCGCCUCGUUGCCUUAAUUCCCGCCAAAUGUGCUGUUAAUAAAGAGUGACCCAAGCG